AUGAGUGUGAUCGAGAGCGAAGCUCUCUACAUAACAUUAGGCAAGAGGACCCCCCGGGGGACGGACGGACGCUGCCCAGCCCAGGGCAAGGAGAGGGUUUGUACAUUGUACGUGGCCCCGUUUUCCAGGGGCCAUGCCAAUGUUGUGGGAAAUUACCCUGUUUACCCCCUGGCCAUCCACGGCAGGAAGAUCGUGCGCGUUCCUGCCUCGAUCCUAACUCUGAGCCAAUCCCCAUCCUCCAUGCUUUGCGCUAACACAAUUAAAGGCUGCAGGUACCGAUCUGGUAGUGUCCGUAUCAGCUUCUCUCGCCAGUAUGACCUGAAACAGCCUUACCACUGCACUCUUGCUGCAGAGGAGAAGAGGCCCAAGCAACGACCAUGGGUUACCUCUUUUUGUCUCUUAACCAACACAAGCCUUCAACAUCCAUCUACUCUCUGGCCUGUCUAUAACACUGACUUUGUCCUGUUCCCAUCGACACCAUCGCAACCGGCCCCUAACGCAUAA